UGACAGUCGCUGGAUAAGCUGAACACAGAAACCCGACUGCACCUCCUCUUCUACAGUGAUAACUGGAUUUCUUUUUCGUCCCGCGCUGCUCACCAACUCCAUCCACUCCCAUUUUAUAUAUCUUAUUCUUCUUCAUUCACACCGUGAGUCACAUUUGGAGGACACAAUAUUUCAGAGAGCAUCAACACAGAGAAGAGCCUUGACAGGCAAACUGUGUCUUAUGCUGAGCUUAUCAGCCAACGUGACUCCUUAUGGCAUUUUUCGGCUCUGCUAGCUAGGACACGGGGUGCAAAGCCCUAAACAAGAAUUCCAGCGGCUCACCAGAGAAAAUGCAGUUAAACAUGAAAAUUAAAGUUGCCAUUUCAACUUUUCAUUAUUACAUGAAAUAGAUGCUGUUUGUGUACCCAGGAGAUAUUUGAAUCGCAUGCUCAAACUAAGCUAUGGCAGAGAGAACCUUCGAAGUGUUUAAACUGUUUUGGCGAGAACAGUGAGAUAUUAGGCCACUGGCCUGGACAGAUUUAAGUAAUGCUGUCUGCUCCAGGAAGCAAGCGUUGGCUAAAUCAGUUGUCAAUUAAACCUGUGCUAACAUGUAAUCUUAUACCUUACAAUGCAGCAGUUCAUAUUUAUAAAUUUACCUAGGCAGUCAGUGCUACACCAGACCUUUAUCACAGUUGACCCAACAUACUUUUUUGCAUAACCUAAGAUACAUAUAUGUAAGUUCAUAAACUAUUACUCCUAACUACAAUCUACCAAGUUUGGAAUCACACAAUGGUUGUACAAAAGCUGCACAGUGCCCAUUUCAUAUGGGUUGGAAUCCUCAUAUGCUGCUUCAUCGAAAUAGGCACCUGUCUAGAAUUUACAGGUACUGAGGGACAGUGGGCUAGGUUCCCAGUGUGGAAUGCAUGUUGUGAAAGUGAAAUGAGCUUCAACAUGAAAACAAAGAGCUCCCAUGGGGUUCUUGUUUACUUUGACGACGAGGGAUUUUGUGACUUUUUAGAACUUCUCCUAAUAAACGGCAAACUCAGCCUUCGCUACUCAAUCUUCUGCGCAGAGCCUGCAACUGUGGUGUCUGACACUGCGGUCAACGACAGCCAAUGGCACAACGUCACGAUUAGGAGAAGCUUUAAGAACACAACCCUUUCUGUGGAUGGCGAGAUAAAGUGGGUAGAAGCGAAGUCGAAAAGACGAGACAUGACUGUCUUCAGCCAUUUGUUCAUUGGUGGAAUACCACCGGAGCUAAGGUCUGUGGUGUUGCACUUGACGUCUGCAGCGGUUAAGGAUCAGCCACCUUUUGCAGGAUGGAUAACAGAUAUAAAGGUCAACAACACGGAGUCUGAAAUGAUCAACAGCGAGGGGGUCUUACUGGAUGUCUGUGGGACAGCCAACAUGUGCUUAAAUGGAGGAGUUUGCAGUUUAAUUAACAGUGAACCGACAUGUGACUGCUCUCACACUGGCUUCCAAGGAAAGGACUGCAGUGAAGAAGACAACAAUACCAAAGGUCUGGCACACCUGAUGAUGGGCGACCAAGGUAAAAGUAAAGGGCAGAGAGGGGAGACUUGGCUUGUAAGGUCCCUACUGAGCAUACAAGGAAAAGAAGAAUAUGUUGCAACCUUCAAAGGAUCUGAGUUCUUCUGCUACGACUUGUCCUUGAACCCGAUUCAAAGCAGCAGUGAUGAAAUCACGUUGUCAUUCAAAACCCUACAGAGGAAUGGACUAAUGUUGCACACGGGCAAAUCUGCCGAUUACGUCAACCUGGCGCUGAAAAAUGGGGCUGUGUCACUCGUCAUUAAUUUGGGGUCUGGAGCCUUUGAAGCUCUUGUGGAGCCAGUCAAUGGGAAAUUUAAUGACAAUGAGUGGCAUGAUGUCAAAGUUACAAGGAAUCUACGUCAGCACUCAGGCAUUGGACACGCUAUGGUAACCAUAUCCGUAGACGGGAUUCUGACCACAACAGGAUACACCCAGGAAGACUAUACCAUGCUAGGCUCAGACGACUUUUUCUAUGUUGGAGGAAGCCCGAGUACAGCAGACCUUCCUGGAUCUCCAGUUAGCAACAACUUCAUGGGUUGCCUCAAGGAGGUUGUUUAUAAAAACAACGAUGUGAGGCUCGAGUUGUCUAGGCUGGCUAAGCAGGAUGACCCCAAGAUGAAAAUCCAUGGCACUGUGGCCUUUAAGUGUGAGAAUGUAGCCACUCUGGACCCCAUCACAUUUGAGACACCCGAGUCGUAUAUUAUUCUCAACAAAUGGAACGCCAAAAAGACUGGGUCCAUCUCCUUUGACUUCCGCACCACCGAACCCAACGGCCUUCUACUUUUCAGUCAUGGCAAGUCCAAACAACAACCAAAGGACUCCAAGACACCCCAAACUCUUAAAGUGGACUUCUUCGCCAUUGAGAUGCUGGACGGCCAUCUGUACUUGCUGUUAGAUAUGGGCUCUGGAACCACAAAGACCAAAGCAGUCAAUAAAAAAGUCAAUGAUGGUGAAUGGUACCAUGUGGACUUCCAGCGAGAUGGAAGAUCAGGUACUAUCUCUAUCAAUACCCUUCGUACUGCUUACACAGCCCCUGGAGAAAGUGAGAUCUUGGACUUGGAUGACAAUCUGUACCUUGGGGGUCUGCCAGAGAACAAGAUGGGCCUCGUGUUCCCCACUGAGGUGUGGACAGCAUUGCUCAACUAUGGCUAUGUGGGCUGCAUUCGAGAUUUAUUUAUCGAUGGACAGAGUAAGGAUGUGCGACGUCUUGCAGAGAUCCAGAAGGCUGCUGGGGUCAAACCCUCAUGCUCUAAAGAGCCUCCUAAGCAGUGCUUGAGCAACCCCUGCCAAAACAAUGGGGUCUGCAGAGAGGGCUGGAACCGCUAUGUCUGCGACUGCUCUGGAACUGGGUACUUGGGACGCUCCUGUGAAAGAGAGGCGACCAUUCUCAGUUACGACGGCAGUAAGUUUAUGAAAGUCCAGCUCCCAGUGGUGAUGCGCACCGAAGCCGAAGACGUGUCUCUUCGAUUCCGCUCCCAACGGGCGUAUGGCCUGCUAAUAGCCACCACAUCCCGGGAAUCUGCUGAUGCCCUGCGUCUGGAGCUGGAGAGUGGUCGUGUCCGUCUUACCGUCAAUUUAGAUUGUAUCAGGAUUAACUGUACCUCCAGCAAAGGCCCAGAGACAAUUUUUGCGGGUCAGAACCUGAACGAUAAUGAGUGGCAUACCGUACGUGUGUUCAGGAGAGGCAAGAGUUUGAAACUGACGGUAGAUGAACUACCGCCUGUGGAAGGUCAAAUGGCAGGUGACCACACCCAGCUGGAAUUUCAUAACAUUGAGACGGGCAUUGUGACAGAGAAGCGCUUCAUGUCCAUGGUGCCCUCCAACUUCAUUGGCCACCUCCAAAGCCUCUCCUUCAAUGGCAUGGCUUACAUUGACCUCUGCAAAAAUGGUGACAUUGAUUAUUGCGAACUCAAUGCCAUGAUUGGCUUCAAGAACAUCAUUGCUGAUCCAGUUACCUUCAAGUCACGGUCCAGCUAUGUGACCCUCACCACUCUGCAGGCCUACUACUCCAUGCACCUUUUCUUUCAGUUUAAAACCACAUCUCCUGAUGGUCUCAUUCUCUACAACAGCGGCGAUGGAAAUGACUUCAUUGUGGUGGAACUGGUCAAAGGUUAUCUUCACUAUGUGUCUGACCUGGGGAAUGGAGCCCACCUCAUCAAAGGCAACUCAAAUAAACCCCUAAGUGACAACCAGUGGCAUAAUGUCAUCAUCUCCCGGGACACCAACAAUCUGCACACAGUCAAGAUUGACACCAAGGUUACCACACAGACAACCUCAGGAGCCAAGAACCUUGACCUGAAGGGAAACCUUUACAUUGGUGGGGUGGCUAAGGAGAUGUAUAAGGACCUGCCCAAACUGGUGCAUGCCAAGGAGGGUUUCCAGGGUUGCCUGGCAUCAGUGGACUUGAAUGGACGCCUCCCAGACUUGAUGUCAGAUGCUCUGGACUGUGUGGGACAAAUAGAGAGAGGAUGUGAAGGCCCAAGCACCACAUGCCAAGAAGACUCGUGUGCCAACCAAGGUGUGUGCCUUCAGCAGUGGGAGGGCUUCAGCUGUGACUGCAGCAUGACAACAUUUGGAGGACCACUUUGUAAUGACGCGGGAACAACAUACAUAUUUGGCCGAGAUGGUGGACUGAUCACCUACACAUGGCCACCAAAUGACCGACCCAGCACAAGGGCGGACCGACUCGCCAUUGGGUUCAGCACACACCUGAAGGAUGCUGUCUUGGUGAGGGUGGAUAGCUCCUCUGGACUCGGAGACUUCUUGAAGCUCCACAUUGAAAAAGGAAACAUUGCUGUAGUAUUUAAUGUGGGAACAGAUGACAUAAACAUCGAGGAGACAUCAAAGUUUGUAAAUGAUGGAAAGUACCAUAUAGUGAAGUUUACAAGGAGUGGGGGUAAUGCCACUCUGCAGGUGGAUGACCUGCCAGUCAUUGAGCGCUACCCUACAGGCAACAUUGAUAACGAACGCCUGGCGCUUGCUAGACAGCGAAUCCCAUACCGACUCGGUCGAGUAGUUGACGAAUGGCUACUCGACAAAGGGCGACAACUUACAAUCUUCAACAGCCAAACUACUAUACAAAUUGGGGGCUGGGAGCGAGAUCGGAGUCGAUCCUUUCAGGGCCAGCUCUCAGGUCUCUACUACAAUGGCCUAAAGGUGUUCAACAUGGCCGCCGAGGGCGAUCCCAAUAUAAAGAUCCAGGGCAGCGUUCGGCUGGUUGGGGAGUCUCCCUCCUCUAUCACACCUCAGUCGAGCACCACAGCCAACCGCUCGGAAACAUCCACAUCCAUCAUGGAAAUCACCACCACCACCGCAUCUACCAGGAGAAUUAAACAGACCACACCGCGGGAACCUCAGCAGACAACUGAUGACUUGAUGGUGGCUUCAGCGGAGUGUCCAAGUGAUGAUGAAGACAUUGAUCCCUGUGAGCCGAGCUCAGGUGGGUUAGCCAGUCCCACAGGAUCUGGACCGAAGGGUUAUCCGGGCACGUCAGAGGUCUUCCGGGAGUCCAGCAGCACAACGGGGAUGGUGGUUGGCAUUGUAGCAGCAGCUGCCCUGUGUAUACUCAUCCUCCUUUAUGCUAUGUACAAGUACCGUAACAGAGAUGAGGGAUCGUAUCACGUGGAUGAGAGUCGCAACUACAUCAGCAACUCAGCACAAUCCAAUGGCACAGUAGUCAAAGAGAAACCCAUCAACAACCCAAAAACCUCCAGCAAGAACAAGAAGAACAAGGACAAAGAGUACUACGUGUGACUGAGGACCCUUUGGUCUUUUCUAGACCGACAUCUGUCUCAAAGAUAGAUCAGGACAUAAACAUGUGUACAGGAUAAUAACAAAGAUGAACAAUAUCUAGUCAUUUUUUUCGUACAAGCUAAUGCCCUACAAAAUAAACUGAAAAUAAAAAUAUAAAUUUCUUUACUCUAAAGAACCCCAAACAAAAAGGACAUACUGUCCAGAGAGAGACUCUAAGGAAACGGACUGGCUAAUAUCUAAAAUGAACCAAACAAUAAUAACCCAUGUGUGACUUGUUCCUGGGCCAGAGUAAUGUCACCCAUCUGUCAUGUUUCUGGGAACAGAAGAGUACAGACGCACUUUGCAGACGGAGAUUCAACAUUACAAACUGCAUUUACAUUGCCUGUGUUUGUGUGGUUGACUUUUUUUUCUAGAGAAAAUGGCACACUGCAUCAAUAAAUACAUACCAUAAAUAUGCCAAACAUUGACUCCAGAAGGGAAGGAAGGACGAAAAGAAAUCUCACGGUGGAAAAUUUUAGGCCAAAGCACUCACCGAAGAGGCAGUGAAGUCCGGCCAAGACUUAUUUGUUUCACUGAGCUGUUGCAGUGUAAAGAUUAGAACAGAUGGUUGUGUCUCAUGAAAUGGUCUGAUUUACAAGGACAGUUCUUUGAGAGAGAAAGUGGAGACAUUCAUAUUCCACGUUGUGUGAUCUUAAGGGGACAGUGUUUCUCCUCGGAUUCCUGGGGAUCUGAGAAAAGGUUACCACCUGGGAGCCAUGCACGCAAAUUAUCUUAUUACAGUACAUAUGUUUAUAAACAGUACAACCACAUCUAUAUGUGCUUUCUGGACUGUGACAAAGUGGUGUUUUAUAGCCUGUUGUAAAGAUGAUGCAAAAUAUAACUGCUCCUCAACCAUUUUGGAAUAAAAUCUAUUAAAAAAAGACAAUAAAAAAUAAAGAUACAUAUGUGUUAAUAGGUGUUGCUAGACAUAGAAGAUUUUAUGAGGACAUGUUUUUCUCUCAGUUGAAUGAUAAUUUGAAAUCUCCUUGUUUUUACAUGUAUUCCUAUAUAGUUUUUAUACAAAUGCCAACCUGAGAUAGAUAAUCCUGGACCAGUAAUAGCCUAUCCAUUCCCGAAAACCACACGAGACACCAACAAUGGAGUCUCGUGUGAAUCUCUUUCAAGGAAUCACUGCCUUUCUCCUCCAUCCUGAUUUAGAUAGGUGAAAAUGAAGAAGAAUAUGAAUGAGAUGAUUAUGAGGCUGGAUUAGGAGAAAUUAAUUUGUGUGCGUGUUUUUUUUCCCCCAAAGUGGUACUAAAACAGUGGACGAUGUGUGCUUGGGCUGACCCUAAAUCCUGAGGAGAAUAGGUCAAAUAAGCCUCCAUUUCAACUGUUCUGUGUUUGUUCUGUCAUUCUGUCUGUCAAAUCUGCUUUCCAGAUCUGUACUUGGAAUGAGUAUGAGGAAAAAUGACCAUGAACUAUAAAUGAUGAUUAUGAAUUCUC